AUGAGUGGAGAUUUAGCAAAUUAUAAGAGACUGGAGAAAGUCGGUGAAGGUACAUACGGUGUUGUUUAUAAGGCGUUAGAUUUACGUCAAGGUCAAAGGAUCGUUGCAUUGAAAAAAAUUAGAUUAGAGAGUGAAGAUGAAGGUGUUCCAAGUACAGCAAUAAGGGAAAUUUCAUUACUGAAGGAAUUGAAAGAUGAGAAUAUCGUUAGAUUAUAUGACAUUGUUCAUUCGGACGCUCACAAAUUAUAUUUGGUGUUUGAAUUUUUAGAUCUUGAUUUAAAAAGGUAUAUGGAGAGUAUACCAAAGGAGCAACCUUUAGGUGAUAGCAUUAUUAAGAAGUUUAUGAUGCAGCUUUGUAAGGGUAUUGCUUAUUGCCAUGCGCACAGAAUUUUACAUCGUGAUCUAAAACCACAAAAUCUUUUAAUUAACAAGGAAGGAAAUUUGAAGUUGGGAGAUUUUGGUUUAGCAAGAGCUUUUGGUGUUCCAUUGAGAGCUUAUACACAUGAAAUUGUUACAUUAUGGUACAGAGCCCCUGAAGUCUUGUUAGGAGGAAAGCAAUACAGUACAGGGGUGGAUACAUGGUCGAUUGGUUGUAUCUUUGCUGAAAUGUGUAAUAGAAAACCAAUUUUCAGUGGUGAUAGUGAAAUUGACCAAAUCUUUAAGAUCUUUAGAGUUCUUGGUACACCAAAUGAAAGCGUUUGGCCUGAUAUCGUUUAUUUGCCUGAUUUCAAACCGAGUUUCCCACAAUGGCGUAGAAAGGAUUUGUCACAAGUUGUGCCAAGUUUAGACGCCCAAGGUAUUGAUUUAUUAGACAAACUAUUAGCAUAUGAUCCUAUCAAUAGAAUUAGUGCAAGAAGAGCAAGCAUGCAUCCGUAUUUCCAAGAAUCCUGA